UCGAGUACGAGAACUCCUACUAUUUAUAAAUUGGUUUGAACCCGGUCGCAUUGGCGAUCCUCGUCGUCGUGAGCGGCGCUCUGGUGCGGCCGAAGCAACGGGCUGCGCCUUCGGUCCGAGCUGCUGCCGCCUCGUGGAGCCUCGUGUGGGGAACAAUUCGCCACCCCAUGAUAAAAAUAGAAGCUCCUAGCCAGCUAGUCCAAGCUCCGAGCUAGGAGAGAGAGAGAGAGAGAGAGGGAAAUCUAGUGAAUGCGAGUACGAGUGAGUGUGUGCGAGAGAAAGAGAGAAAUAAAGACAGUAAGAUUGAAAGAGAUAAAAAAGAGGAAUAAAGAGUGAGAGAUAGAGAUAGAACAUAGAAUGAAAAAAGAAGGGAAAGUAAUGAGAAAAAUAGAGAAAGCGAGAGAGAAGGCGGCUGAGAAAUAUAGAGAGAGAGAGAGAAAAUUUGAAUCCGUUUCAACGAAUGAACGGGUCGGCGAACAAACGGAUAGACGGAUAGACGGACAGACGAACGAAUGAUCGUUGGUAAGAUCCAACAUCGACGACGUUGACGAAGAGGCGAAGACGACGCACCGGCGCACCGGCGGUAGCCGAUGCUGGUGGUGCUGCUGGCACGUCUCGAUACCGUCUCUCUCUCUCUCUCUCUCUCUCUCUCUCUCUCUCCCUCGACCGAGAGCUUUCAGUUCUUCGUCAUCCGUCGUCUUCGACGCGAAGAAAGUGCGUCCGUCUCUCUUUCGCGAAGCGCGCGCAAGAUAGUCUCGCUAAGAACGGUGUGACGUUCGUCAUAACGCCGGCAUUAACAGUUGACGCACCUGCCACUUCCUAGUAUACAUUCCCAAAAGCAGAAUAGUUUUGAAAGAAGAAGGAGAAAAGCGAGUUAAAUUUAUAGUUUAUCGAUCGAGCUUCGUCGGGUAUAACAAGUUCGAAAGAUAAUCGAGAAACAUAGAGAGCGCGAGCGAGAAAGAGAGAGAAAGAAAGAGGCACAUUCCGAGCGGAUCACGGAUGCUUAUAGAAGCGUUGCGUAACGGCGUCAGACGAACAGCGAAAUUGCGGCGGCUGCGGCAGCAGCAGCAGCGGCUACCGAGGCGCGUCGAGCUUCGAUAAGAUCGAAGGAAAUUCUAGAUCCUCUUACGGUAUCCAUUCGCGGAUACGAAAAACGAAGAAAGUUAGGGGAAGGAAAAGGAGAAGGUGGAGAAAAGAUUCUGUGUGCGUUAAAAGUGGAUCGUUGAGGUGUCACAGAGACCAGAAUCGGAUACAAGGUGUCCUCGUGAUCUCGAUCAGGGAUCAAGAGAGGAGAAGAGCCUGGCCGCGUGUGAGAGUGCGCGAGUGAGUGAGUGAGUGAGUGAGUGAGUGAGCGACGACCUACCGUCGAAGAACUCGUUAAAAAAAAAGUUAAAAGUUGCUAGGGUACGUUGGUUGGAUCGCUCGAGGGCUUCGUAACAAGACGGGUAGAGAGAUUGGGGAUGGUAGAGACGAGGAUAAGAACAAGCUGUUCCGUAGAGAAAGAGAGAGAGAGAUCCUUUCGGUCGUAUCGAUUCUGGUGUCUCGAAACGUUUCAAGGCCAAUCUCCGUCUCUCGAUCUACACUUAUUCGCGCGUGCACACACGUACACACAGGCGCGCGCGCGCGCACGUACACGUAGACACACGUACACAUGCGCGCGUACUCGCGCACGGGCACACGUACAUGCAUAGACCGCACACGUACGAGCGCGCGUACACGUACAGUUGUCAUUUUCGAAUUUGGUCCGGAUCGAUCGGUCUUACUUCGCGUUCGAAAUCGCAUUCGAUAAUCUCGCGCGAUCAGAAUGAUUUCGCUCGAGCUCUUCUCCCGCGUGAUUAAUAGCCUCCACCUGAUUGCGAGGGCCCCUGCUAUAAGAUCGGUGAAUCCAACGCUUCAUUAUUAUAUAAUUUUCUCACUUUUUCGAAUAGAAUAGAAUUGGUCGAGAUUCGAGGAACCGAUCCAACGAAACCGCACGACGACCGAACGUAAGUAAUAGCGAGGAAGGGAGGUAAAAGGUGUUUCUCAGGUGUAGGGAUCAACGGGUGGUUCGUUCGGUGAUUCUACAGGGAUUUAACGAGUUUGGCCAGGAGGAGGAAGAGGAUAGAGGAAAGGAGGGAAGAGGAGAAGGGAAAGAGGGGAUAGCGAUAGUAGUAUUAGUGCUAAUAGGUGUUGGUGGUGGUGGAGGUGGAGAAGGAUGGAGCAACGUCCAAGGAGACGGGGAGUAUACGGACGUUGCUGACGAGGAAGGAGCGAGAAGAGGAGGGGGAGGGGCAGUGGAAAAAGAAGAAGAGGAAGAAGAAGAAGAGGAAGAAGGAGAGAGGAAGUGGACGACGACGAAGAGAACGAAAGCGACGAAAUUGAAGAGACGAACGACGGUGCGUGCGACACCCACGAGACAUGCAGCAACAGCAACAGUCCGGACAACAGCAACAGCAAUCCGGAGCACCGAACGGGGUGGCGGGUGGUGCCCAAUUGCCUCAAACAGGUGGUGUUAGUCCUGCUCAGCCUGGCGCUACUGGCACGGCUACCUCGAGGCCACAGGUGAACGGUGGUAGAUUCGACUUCGACGAUGGUGGUACUUAUUGCGGCGGCUGGGAGGAUGGCAAGGCUCAUGGACACGGUGUUUGUACCGGACCCAAGGGACAGGGUGCUUACUCCGGUAGCUGGCAUUACGGUUUCGAGGUCUCUGGAGUUUACACUUGGCCGAGUGGCUCGGCUUACGAGGGACAAUGGCAGAACGGCAAAAGGCACGGCCUCGGCAUGGAAACUCGCGGACGUUGGAUAUAUCGUGGAGAAUGGACUCAGGGAUUCAAGGGACGUUACGGUGUCAGACAAUCUACCACAUCUACGGCGAGGUACGAAGGUACAUGGGCCAGUGGUCUUCAAGAUGGUUACGGUUCCGAGACUUACGCCGACAGCGGUACUUAUCAAGGACAAUGGCUUCGAGGUAUGAGACACGGAUAUGGAGUAAGGGCCAGUGCACCUUUUGGCUUGGCGAGUCACUACAAACCACCGAAGCAAGUAAGAGCGUCCUUGACGUCCCUGAGAAGCGCGGAUGUGGGUCCAGCGGUUGCACCAACACCUGAUCCGACCGACAGGAGAGAUCGUCGAGUGGACGAUAGCAGAGGAGGCUUCGUACUGAAGGCCAGGAGCGACGAUCCCCCAGCUCGAAGAAAGAGUUUAACGGAGAAGUCCUUGAAGAAGGGAAUUCUUUCGGGCUUGAAGAUCCGAAAACAGAAGAGCACGGGUGAUUUAGAGAAACGUGGAACAGGAGGAAGUAUUCGAAGUAACGCUAGUUCAGCAUCAUGGAUGUCGACUGAGAGUUCACAGAGCCAAGCUUCAGCGUCCGUCCAUACUGACAGUAACGCGUCUUUUGUCAUCGAGGACGAACAGAUGGACGCCUCUGUAAUCGAGACGUAUCUUGGCGAAUGGAAGAACGACAAGAGAACUGGUUUCGGUAUAUCGGAGAGGAGCGACGGUUUGCGAUACGAAGGCGAGUGGUUCAACAAUCGAAAGUACGGUUACGGAGUGACGACCUUUCGGGAUGGCACCAAGGAGGAGGGAAAGUACAAGAACAACGUGCUGAUUACCAGCCAAAAGAAAAAGCAUCUGUUUCUGAUCAGAUCGGCGAAGUUUCGUGAGAGGAUAGAAGCUGCCGUGAACGCAGCCCAAAGAGCGAGCAAGAUAGCGCUGCAAAAGGCUGAUAUCGCCAUCUCGAGGACAGCAACGGCCCGAGGAAAGGCCGAGUCGGCGGACAACGCUGCCGAUCACGCGAGAGAAGAUUCCGAGUUGGCCCAACAAACGGCCAGACAGUUCGCUCCGGAUUUCAGGCAGCCCGGUUUGGAGAGACUUAAGAAUCGAGAAAUUCCGAAAUACGUGCCACCGCCGCAGGACACUGUGCCUGGUAAAAGUAUACUCCAUAAAAGCACGACGUUGGACCAAACUGGAUCGACGCCUUCGAAGGCAGGAAUUUCGAACGUCGAUUCGACCGCGACGACGACUACGACAACGACGACGACGACGACAGCAACAACGACGAUGUCAUCGACGUCGAUGACAGCCAGCAACGUGAUGCAGUCGAUCAGAAGAGCUAGCAUGAAGCCGCAGAACAUGAUGCAGAAUCAAUUACCUAAUCAGAUUUCGCCGAAUCAGCUUUCGAAUCAGAUUCCGCAGCAAAUGGUCAACGCUCAAACCUCUCUUCCGAUGCAAAACCCCUAUCAGACGCAAUACGUUCCAACAAUGCCACCGAAUUCACCUCAGCAGAAUCAGCCAUACCCUAAUAGCAUACCAAAUCAGUAUCCUCAAAGCCCGUAUCAACCAAACCAGUAUCCCAAUCAACCCAACGCCUACAACCAAACGCAGUACCAACCUGCUAGCUCGCCUCAGCUGGAUCCUGGGUUCACCGGAUAUCAGCAGCAACAGACGCCGGCUAGAUCGCAAGGAUUCCAAAACAUGCAACCUUAUCUGAACCAACAGAUCUUGUAUCCGCAACCCCCGGUUAUGUACGGUCCAAUGACAUUCGCCCAAAUGAAUCAAUACGAAGCGCAGCUUUAUGGUGCGAAUCAGGUGCCGAAUCAGUACGGACCGAGUCCGAUGAAUCAAUACAAUCCGCAGUCGAUGUUAACCCAGCAGCAACAAGAACAGCCGUCGCAGCAAACGCAAUCUAUGCAGCAGUAUCCUGAUGGGAUUACAGACAUUCAAAGGCCACCGAGUUCGGCGAGUAUACGAAGGAACAGCAGGGUCUUAAGUCCGCAGGAUAGACCGGGCACUAUCGGUCAAACAUUGAACGACAGGCUCGAUCAUUACAAGAGGCCACCUAGUCGCGAUAGUUCCGUAGAUCGAUAUGCCAGAGCGCAUUCCCGAUUAACAGGAUCAAGACAGCCGUCCGUCGACAAAAUCGUCACGAAUACAUCCACGGAUCUAAUCGACAGAUCGACGAGGGCUCCAAGUGUUAUUCGAUCCGGCACGCCAUUGAACGGCUCGGUGGUAGGAAGUGGUACGGCGACACCAACUUAUGCGGCAUCGACUUCCGGGCAAUUUGAAGGAGCGCUUUUAAAGAACCGCAACCUUGGUCAAGACAUCCUCCCGAGUCCUGGGCAACCGAAACGAACCGAGAGUCUCUAUGUUACGCCCGCGCGUAAUUCAAACGUUCCCGGUGGUGGCGGAGGUGGCGGAGGUGUCGCAGGAGGCGGUGCAUCGAAAGACGCAAGCCGGACGGUCCCCGCCUUCGCCGAAGCGUCAAAGAGCCGCGCAACCCUAUGAGUAUAAGUAUUUAUAUUAAUCUGUAGGUAUACACAAUACUACAGAUAUGAUUUGUACGAAGGCACGAAGAAGCUUUCGACCUUUGUCGUCGUUGUUACGCGUUCUUGCGAACGAAUCUCGAACGAUCGGUUCGAAAGAGAACCGUAAUAUCGUGAUAACUAUCCAUCCAUUUCUUACACAUCUUUAUUUUGAAAGCUUGUCCAAUACAAUUGUAAUAUAUAUCCACAUGUUCCUUUUUUAUGCGAACUAUCGUUCACAUUGAACACCAUACGCAUAAAGUAUACGUAUAUUUAUCGAUAAAAAAAAAAGUGAGCUUGAUUCGUUCGGUGUCUCAUUGUAAUCACGGUUUUGAUGGAAAACACCUUCGUUCUGUAGUUCGUCAAGGACGAAAGAAAAAAGGAAGGAAAAAAACAAUAAUCUUGAGUUCGAUAAUUAUAUAAAGAUCGAUAUAUAUGAUAAUUAUAUGAAGGAUCGAAAAAAGGAUCGACCGCCGAUCGAUCGCUCGAUCUAUCAGAUGACUCUUCGAACGGAAGAUGUUUCUGAUAAUGCUUUAGAUUAGAUGUUUUUAACGAAUUGCUUAUACGGCUGUUUUUAGACCGAGGCCUUAGCUAAGGGAACUUCCUCGCAAUAUUCUGAUUAACGAGAGGUCAUUAUGGUGGAAAAAGAGAACGCACGUACCUGUUUGUAGUUCGUUAUUAGUCAUUUAUCUUAUGAAAGAAGAGAAACAAGGAGAGAAGGCAAAAAAUCGCGUAUUUCGCGGCAUGAAAGAACAAUUCAUUCGUUUCGGUCAAAGAGAAUAUUUUCGCAGAAGGUGUUUGUGUGUACGCCUUUUAAUGCCUUCUUAUCCAAAAACAGACAUAUUUUUCUAUUAAUGAUGACGAGAAUAUCCGAUUGAUCUAGACGAUCGAUGGCUAUAUCACUUUCGUUGUAGGUUACGAUUAAAUCGCAAGAGUAACAAAGACAAAAAGAGUAUCUAUGUAUUUUACUCUCUAUGAUGAGAUUAUUGAGAAUUGAAGUGUUUAUAUAUACAUAUAUAUGUGUGUGUGUGUGUGUCUAUAUAAUGUGUACAUAUGUACAUAUAUGUAUGUAUAUAUGUAUAUAUGUACGUAUAUAUGUAUGUAUGUAUGUAUAAAUACUGGACAUUUCCUUUUGGAGACAAAACGUAACGAAAUGCCCUCCGAUUUAUUUUUCCGCACGAAAAAAGAGAGAACGGAGAGGUCUCAGUGGAGAACUAAAUAAUAUUUUAGAGACUGUUGUCCAGAAUAUAUAAUAAUAAAAAUAAUAAUAAUAAUAAUAUGAAAGAUGUUAAACGAAUAUAAACGAGUGUCUGUAUUUUAUGUCUAGAUGAAUGUAAUAACGUAUUAAAUAGUUUUACGAAAGAAGUAAAAUCGAAAAAUCUACAAAGUAUUACAGGGCCAUAAUUCGUUCGAUUAGUUCAACUUUAUUAAGAGUAAUUAAUCAAAGUAGACAUUCGUUUCAUCAUCUCGUUCGUUUAUCUUUUUGAACGAAAAUAAUAAGAAAGAGAGAAAAAAGAAAAGAAUACGAAUGCAAACAUUUAAAAGUUCAUUGAACACGACGAUCGUAAUACAUGCGCGCGAGCACACAUACACAAAUAAUGAACACAAAUAAUAAAAAAGAAAGAAUUUCGAGGCGAGCACAAAGAAAUGGGAGACGGGUGCAUACGUACAGAUACGAUUUCAUUAUUCUUACGUUCGUUAAUUAAAUUAAAUUAAAUUAAAUUAAAUUACAUUACAUUAAAUGAAAUCAAGGAGAAAGUUAAAAGGUAAGGAGGAGUGGCGCGCGGUGUGGAGGCGGGGACCAAUUUUUUAACCGUACUUAAAAUUCUUUUUUUCUAUCUGUCUGUCUGUCUAUUUGUCUCUCUCUCUCUCUCUCUCUCUCUCUCCUCCCUCCCUUACUUCCUCCUCCUCCCUCUCUCUCUCUCUCUCUCUUCCUUUAUCUCUUUCUUUUUUACUAUUUCACUCUUCUUUCGACGUUCUUUACGACUUUCUCUCCCGACCUUUUACAUUACUAUUUCGUCGUUCUUCUUGCACGAGACAACCACUUCCGAGACACACGUUCGAUCACUUCUCCUAUCGUAAAGUCAUAUUCAAUGAUCAUUGCACUUGUGUUGAUAUCAUUGUUAUCGUUGAAUGAUUUCAAUCGAUAUAACGAAAACGAAAAGGAGAAGACCUCAAAUAAAUCUCUAACCCUCCACCUCCACGCCGCUUGUUUUUCCUGUUUUUUAAAUCAGAGACAUUAUUUUUCUAACGCGUUGCUUUUACUACUAUUACUACUACUAUUAUUAUUACAACUGCUACUACUACUGGUACUACUGAUACUACUGAUACUACUACUGUUAUUAUUAUUAUUUCUAAUAUUAUAAUGCGUAAAGCAACUCGAUGGAAUUUACGACGUGCCAACUAACUUUUUUAAUAAAACGCAACGAAAAUGACAAAGUACGCGAGUAAUACGUUCCGACGGAUUAAUAAAGAUUGGUCCUACUUGUCGAGGCCUAUAUUCCUAUACUACAUAUGUAUCUAACCCGCAUUUCACCCUUUUGGACGAUAAUCAAAACGUGCGAAGGAUAAAACAAAUCAAUUUCGCAUUCUUACACGAACCUUUCAUUCCUUUCACCGAUUUUCUGACACCUGCACGAAAUGUUUCUGCGUUUUACUAUUACAUUUUUAAAAUCGAUCGUAACGUUUAUCGGUAUAGUUGUUCGUAAGCCACGUUGAACCUUUCCGAUGCAUAAAGUAACAAAAAUAUUCGUUUAGUUCUCAUAAAUUUGUGUUGCACUUGUAUAUAUCGAAAGAAAAGAAACCGGUCAAUUUUUCGGAAAGUAAAAAUAGAAGAAAUAAUGGAACGCGAUAAAAAUUCAAUUGACGGUAGAUUCAACGUGGCAAAUCUAACUCGUAAAACAAACACGGUCGUGCCUAAAGAAUGUAUGCGCAUAGGACGACGACCAAGAGUAGGGCAGCGUUGAUCGAUAGUAAAAAUACAAUAAGAAAAAAGUGCUCGAAAAAAGAAGACAGAGAAGAAAAAAAAAAGCAGAACGCGAGAAGAGAAAAAUCGAAAAAAAUUAAAAGAAAAACUCUUUUCAAUUUGCAAUGAUUUUCCUCUCAGCCGAAGGGUUUGCGAGUUUCCAAAACGGAAAAACUUUGAAAAAGUUCUCCACGUUGAUGACGAUGUAACUGUACGAAGAUUUACUCAAGUGCCAAAGUUUCUCUCAAAGUGUCUUCACCUUGUAAAAUUAAUAAGAAAUUAAUAAGAAUUUUUUACUCGUGCGGGUGACAGAAUGUAUCUGAAAGAAAAAAAAAAAAGAAAAAGAAAAAAAGAAAAAAGAAAGAAAGAAAACAAAAGAAAAAAAAAGAAAGAAAGAUCUUUCCUUUGACUUCGAUCGAAGCGAUAUUUUUAAUCAUUGCGAGCCGCACGAAGAAUCCAAAGCGAAACUUUCCACGUCAGCUAAACGUUCCAGAUCAACAUUUCGCGUACCAAUUAUAAAUCGUGAUGAUAAAUUCACAGAAUUUUAUUCAUCGCACACACAACGAUGUUACAAAUUGUUGACUCGAUGUAUUGAAUGUAUUUAUGUAUACGAUGUGUCAGUUUAUGUUAUUAAGGGACAGAUUAAAGUAUAUCGACCGUACGCCGAGAAUUUAAUUUCAUGAAACUUCGAAAUCCUAACGUCGUUAGUAAUACGAGAUCGUUAUCGUUUGAAUCCGAUCUCCUACUCGAAAAGAGACGAUAAGCGUAAGCCUGGCUGAAAGAAGGAGUAGAAACGACGGUUUGUUCUUUACUCGAAAAAUAAUACCGCUUAUAUAUUCUCGACUUUGUGUAAACCUUACGCACGUGCUUUUGAAUUGGAAAGCUCCGCAUUGUUACGUGAUCGUUGUUAGAAAGGAUUGUGCCAAAACGUACUUUACGCAAGAAAGUACCAUCGGUUGAUCGAGCCUUGACUGUGUUCCAAGAAAGUCAAAGAACAAUCGGGAGGAGACGAGUCCCUGCUCAUGUUUCUAAUGUAUAUCGACUAAAGAAAUCGUUUCUUCCUUCCUUACCUCAAAGUCAAACAAAAAUUUCCACGAAAAGGAUAUAAAAUCGAUCGCUUGAUUAACCUCGCGCGAGAAUCGGGACCGUUCGAUGAAAAUAUGAUACGAAGGGAAACGAGACACCCGAGAAUACGAUCUACAAAAUAACGCGAGUAAUUUGUCAUAACGUUUUGGUCUAUGAAUAUCAAUGUACUUUGGGGGUCAAAAUAUCGCGGGUGUAAAACACUGUAGAUUAAUUAAGCUAAUUAACAUCCGCUUCGUUGCGCUUGCAAUGGCAGCGAAAUCGUAACUUACGGUUUAAAUGUAAAAAAAAAAACAAAAAAAAAAGAAAGAGAGAAAGGAAAAAGAUGGCAACGAUCUCGCAAAGUCGAACGAUCGAAUCUGACCAUGAAAAAUACGUUAAAGAGGAGAACAGCUGUGAACUUUUCAUUUCUUCUUCUUCUUCUUCUUCUUCUUCUCAUUCCUCGUCUUACCUAGAAAGGUACGAAUUAAUGAAUCAUGAAAAUCAUUACGACUUUAUUCGCGUGCCAAAAGCGUGAAUCAGCCGAUGCGAAUUGCAGUUUUGUUUUUAUAUCGUCCGCAGUACCGAAGAUAUUUCCGGAGGGAAUCGCGACAUCCGAGGAAGUCGUAAAUUUGAUAAAAACGCGAAUAAAGCUUGGAUAUCUCCGAUAUUCCCGGCUGAUAAAUAAACAUAGAUCUUGGAAAAAAUAUUGAAAACGUUCGAUGCGUUUGAACGAGCUCGAGCUUGGGGAUGAUUCUAUUAAUUAUUACGCGCUAUAAUUGCGGCUCGUAGAAACAGAGAUAAACGUUAACGACACGUUAAUUUACGAAAUUAACGAAACAUGAGGCGUACGAGAUCGUAAUAAACUUAAAUAAGGACUCUCGCGAGUAUAAUUAUAUCUCGAGUGAAACAGGAAACGUCCUGUACGACGAAUUGAACGACUUGAAAAGUUUCGAGAUAAUAACUUAAAUAUCGGAUAAGAAAAAAAAGAGAAAGGAAUUGUCGUUGGAUAGAAUGAGAAUAGAACAGAGACUUGGGGGUAAUAUUUCAAAAUUCGCGAUGAAUCGAUAAAGAAAGAAAGAAAGAAAGAAAGAAAAAGGAAGAAGAAAAGAAACAAGCUGGCAAUCGUGAUCGAAGAGAAGCAAAGAAACGAAGCGAACGCGUCGCGACGCGUCGAAGUUAUUUCGACGCAAAAAUAGUGGGGCAUCGCUCUAUUUCGGUCCGUUGAGCCAGGGCCGAUCAGUCUGCGGCCUGGCUUCCCAACCAGGAGGCCGUGGAUCCGCAUUUUCCAAUCGUCUAUUCCGCGCUUCAAAAGAUUCGUCGUAUCUGGAUGAGAUAAGACAAAGAGUAGAUAGACAAAUUGAGUACUUGGAAUCGAAAAAUCGGAGGUUCGAUAUCGAAGAGACGAGAAAAGACAGAGGAUCUAGGGAAGGAGGAGAAAGAAAAGUAACGAUACCGAAGAACCUUGGAGAAGAACCUUGGUGACGCAGUAAUAUAAAAAGAAAAAAGAAAAUAAAUAGAUAAAUAAAUGAAAGAAAGGAACGCAAGAAAAGAAAACAAAAUAAAAGAAUAAGACGGAAAGAUAGAGAGAGAGAGAGAGAGGGAGAGAGAGA